AUGGAUAAAUUGCGCUCCGCAAAUUCCAAAGGUGAAAAGGUUUUGGUGGGAUUUUCUGGUGGUCCUUCAUCAAGAGCCAUGCUUCAACUGCUAAGCAAUUAUAAUGAAGUUUUACCAAAUGAAAUAUCUAAGAAACCAUUAUUCACUGAAGUUUUGGUUUGUCACAUUGAUGAAAGUCCAAUUUUCGGUUUAGACGACAGUGAUGACCAU